AUGGAUCUUGGGACUGCGGCUUCUACACUGCCAACGGGAAACUCAGGAACGGGAGACUCACCGAGAACCACCAAGGCGAAGAAGCAAAAGGCCGUGAACAAACAAAGUGCGGCAGGCAAACAAGGUGCCAAAGGCAAGGUGGAGGAGCCGGAGGUGGACGAGGAGGCUGAAGCGCAGUCUUAUCGCGAGGCUCGUUUAGCGGCGGUGAACGCGGUAGGUCGCGAGGCGGCUUACCCCCACAAGUUUCCGGUUACGUGCCGCUUGAACGAGUAUGUGGAGAAGUACGUGAAGAUUGAAGAUGGAGCGCGUCUGCCGGAUGUGGUGGAAUGUGUUGCAGGUCGUGUGAUGCGUCUGGCCGGUAGUAGUAAUAAGUUGCGUUUUUAUGACUUGGUUGGUGAUGAUGUGAAGAUUCAGGUGUUUGCAGAUGCCCAAACCUAUGGCGAAGGUGAAGACUUUCUGGAGGACCAGAACCGGAUCCGUCGUGGCGACAUUCUCGGUGUGCGCGGCUUCCCAGGCCGGUCAAAACGAGGCGAGUUAUCCAUCUUCCCGUUAAAGAUUGCUGUGUUAUCUCCGUGUCUAUAUAUGUUACCGAAGGCGCACUACGGACUUAAAGACCAAGAAAUCCGUUACCGCCGCCGGUACCUUGACUUGAUGAUUAACCCGCAGGUAAAGAAGACGUUCCAACUGCGUUCACAAGUACUGCAGUAUCUUCGCAAAUACUUCACGGACCGCGCUUUCGUCGAAGUAGAGACGCCAAUGAUGAAUCAAAUCCCGGGGGGAGCAAGCGCACGGCCUUUUGUCACGCAUCAUAACGACCUUGACAUGACGCUAUACAUGCGUGUAGCACCCGAGUUAUACUUGAAACAGUUGAUUGUGGGUGGCAUGGAUCGUGUGUUCGAAAUUGGUAAAAACUUCAGGAAUGAAGGUAUUGAUUUGACUCACAACCCGGAAUUCACCUCUAUCGAGUUCUAUCAGGCCUACGCAGACUACCAUGACCUCAUGGAACUGACCGAACACCUGAUUUCCAGCAUGGUCAAAGACCUCACCGGCAGCUACAAGAUCAUGUACGACCCCGACAACACCGGUGCGGAGAACCCAGGUGUUGAGACGAAGAAGAGCGAACCAGUCGAAAUCGAUUUCACGCCACCCUGGCCGCGGUUCAGUUUUGUAGAGGAGAUCGAGAAGUGCAGCGGUACCAAACUGCCGAGGCCGCUGGACUCUGCGGAAUGUGUGGAGACGAUGAAGGCUAUUUGCAAGGCCGAAAAACUCGACUGGCCGCACCCGCCUACGGCAACCAAAUUACUGGACAAGCUAUGCGGACACUUCGUCGAACCACGCUGCAUGAAUCCUGCAUUCAUUAAAGACCACCCCCAGAUCAUGUCCCCUCUAGCCAAAUGGCAUCGUAGCUCUCCGGAUGCUGCGGAACGUUGCGAACUAUUUGUCAUGGGCCGUGAACUCGCCAACUUCUAUACCGAACUGAAUGAUCCACAAACCCAACGUCGAUGUUUCGAAGAACAAGCCAAGGACAAAGCCGCUGGCGACGACGAAGCACAAUUCAUGGAUGAAGGCUACUGUGUAGCCCUCGAACACGGCCUUCCCCCCACCGGCGGUUGGGGUCUCGGCGUUGACAGACUCGUCAUGUUCCUCACCAAUAAUGCCAACAUCAAAGAAGUAAUCCUCUUCCCCGCCAUGCGCCCAUCCGUCAAAGACCAACCGAAAAGGACUGGACUCGGAGCGGGGACUGCACUGGCUGGGGUUGCUCCGGCUGCACCAACUGGUGCGGCUCCGUUCUAG